AGCAUUAUUUCGGUCGAAAGGAAACCUUAUAACACAAAUGUCAUAAUAAUGGGAACUAAUGCACUUGAUAGUUAUUAUAGUAGUUCUUGUUAAAUCAAGAUCUAUUGAUAUAACAUAAUGGAUUUACAUGGAUAGUCUAAGAUAAAAAUCUAGAUCAGUUUAGCUUAGAUCUAGAUCCUAGAUAAGUAGAUUCUAUAUUAUAGAUCUAGUCUAGAUUGCAGUAAUAGUAUUUCAUUUUGAUUCCCAGAUUCUGCUUGAAAUGCACUUUUAUAUUGUUUCGCACUUAUUGCGUAACACUCACACAGUAACAGUCAUAUCAUAUGGCAAACUAUUUCUUCUUAAGGACUUUUACUCUAUAAUCUAGAAUAAUCUAAAUCUAGUUCUAUUUGGUAUAGAGUAUAGACAGUAUAGAGCAUCAAAUCUAGAUCUAGCUAGCCUGCUAGUGCUAGUGAAAGGAAAAAGAACCACCAGAAAUCCUUUGAUUUUAACUUUGGCUUUAAUUAAAAAGUUGAUCUCAAUAUUAAUAGCCUUGAUAGAAUAGGCUAAGGUUAAAGUUAGUAGGCAACUAGUCUAGAUCUGUUAUAAUAAGUUUAUAAGGAAGGAAAUGUCAGAGGAAGAUGAAAUUCCCCUGGAAAUUGAGCUUCAAUCCUUGGAAGCCAUAUAUGUAAAUGAAUUGACCUAUUCAAGAAAAGAUGAUGGUACUGUGGAUACAAUUGAAGUGUUGAUCCAUCCUGCUACAGGCCAUGAUGCUACCAAGCAGUAUGUCUGUAUGACUUUGGUAUUUGCUCCAGGACCAAAUUAUCCAGAUGAAGUACCUGAUAUUCAGAUACGGAAUCCUAGAGGUCUCGGUGAAGAAGAAGUUGCCAGUCUGGUAGAGGCUAUGAUGUUGAAAGGUGAAGAGGUCAAAGGAGAAGUCAUGCUGUACACAUUUGUUGAAAUGGCCAAAGAUAGUCUAACAGAAGGGAACAUACCUCGCUGUCCUUGUGUUGUUUGUCUGGAGCAUUUCCAUGAGAAGGACAGUUUCCACCGAACUACUUGCUAUCACUACUUCCACUCUGGGUGCCUCUACAAGUAUGUCCAGCACACAAGGGCUCAGCUUGAGGAAGAAAAAAAGGAAGUCAUGGAGAGAAGACAUCUUGAUGUUGCCUCGUCUGAACAACGUAACAUUGUGUGUCCAUUGUGCAGAACUGAAUUGGAUGAAAGUCUUCUGUCUGUGUCAUGGUCCUCUGAGGGCGAGGAAGAUGAUAAGGACAAUGCUUUUGUCAUUCCACCGGAAAUGAGAGAGCAGCAGCGAAAGAUGGCAGAGAUUUAUGAGCGGCAAAAAGCUAAAGGUGGAAUCAUUGACCCUGAGCUAGAGAAGAAGAAGUUUUUAGUUAAUGCUGAGGACAGGUUCUUCUUUCUUAGUGAACCCUUGCGUACCUCUCACAAUACUGCUGAGGUCAAGGUCAAGAAAAAUUCUGUUGAAGAGGGCAGGAAGAAGAAUAAAAACACUGCAGGGACUAGACAUGUGGGCAAACAGCGCCAUGGUCAUCAGAGAGGUCAAGACACCAAACAUGGUGCCCAUGCUAGGCCAGAAGCCAGAAGAAACCACAUUUCAGUCAAUGAUCAUAUUCACAAGCCUGAUUUGCAUACAGAUAAAAAUGUUGAAGGGAAUCCCCGUCAUUCAGCGCAGGCUUCUGAGUCUCGUCUUAAUAAGAAGGAAGAAGCAAAUGGAGACAAAGAUUGUGAAAAGUCUGAUUCUGGUGUCGGGGAAAGUCAGAGUGACUUGGACAAACAGCCAGAUCAGAACGUGGCUUCAAGUGACAGCAGCGACACUACAUUGGCCAAGGAAAGUAUGGCCAAAUUAAAUAUUGGGUCAGAAGGGGCACAUAACUUAGGUAAUCCGGAGGCUCAGUCAAGGAAGAUAAAUAUGUCCGACUUCCCGCCUGAUAGGGCAUGUAGCCAGGAGAUCAAAUUUAUCAAGUGGGACACAGUUCCUGGCUCUAGCUCAAGUGAGCAUAGAUCUCCUAAAAAGUCUGGUCAUCUAGGGUCACUGAUGAGCAGUGGUAAUGAAUACCAUCAAGGAAAAUCAGGAAGCCAUGAUGGUCAUCGACACUCCAGCCAUGGUGCUAGGGGACAUCAAGGUCAGUCAAGAAAGUUUAGCAGUAGACAUUUUGACUCUCACCACCAGCAUUAUGGUCACCAGUACAAUCAUCAUCAUCAUCAUCAUGAAAAUUGGCGACACCAAGAACGGCAGACAAGCGAACAAAGGCAACGGCUUGUAGAGAGGACACAGGGUCUGGCUGAUAAUAUGAGAGAUGGUGACGAUGGCAAUCCUGGCUUGGAACAAAAGGGAGAUAAAUCUCUUGACUCUGAAGCUCAAGACGACGGGACGGCAGACCGAAAAAAUUUACAUAUCAACAAGAAAUGGAGACUCUUGAAUUUUCAAUCCUCUGCCUCGGGGAUCAAUUACAAUAAUGUUUUGGACAACGACAAAUAUUUCCAUAUUAUUGAUGAUGACGAAGGCAUUAACAGUUUAACAGGAGAAAAAAUGAAUAACAAAGAAAAUGUGUAUAUCCUCCACCAAAUUCAAUCAAACACGCUACUUAUGGAUGAUAUUGAUGAAUGCUAUGUGGGUUAUGGCGCGCCCAAAGAAGAAGAUGAGUGGGAGAAUGAGGUUGACCCUUACGCUUCUGAAAGGUCACGCAUUCGUAGGACAAAGCUAGAAGACUAUGAUAAAUUUCGAAAAGAUGACAUCAAGUUUUAUGAAGGGAAGUUGGACGAGAGAGUGUCAAACGAGACAAUAAUACAUGAAGAGGAGCGUCGCAUUCUAAAAGAGCGAGCUAGGCAGGAAGAAGAAAACUGUAGUGGAUCAGAGUCAAAGGAGGCGGACUUGAAAGACCUGAAGAAGGUGCUCUGUGGUAAAGAGAUCACCUUUGUUCAGGAUUAUAAAGUAAAGAGCUUGCAAAAUGAAGACAAUUCAGUUGAGAAAAGUAUAGAAAUGGACGACUUUGAAAAGGAGACGAGGAAUCAGGGUGGUGGCUUUGGUAAAGGGAUGAGUCAAAGAGGGGAUGAUUGUGAUUUAAGUAGACAGACAAGUAAUGGAGGUGAUGACUUCAUUAGUGAGACUAGUGACGAUAGGAGUGAUUCUGGAAGGGAGGUAACAAACGUAAAGGACGAUUUUGGUAUGGAUAAAUGUAGUUUGGUAAGUGAUCCUUUAGAUAAGGAAACAGUUUGUCAAAGCCAAGAAAUCUCGAGUGGGGAGUGCUGGAAAGAUUCCCAUGAGCAGACGAAUCAUGCGACUGAAACUGUUGUAAAGCCAUCUCUUUUCUCCUCAAAUAUCACCAUCAAUAAUAGGCUAAAUAACAGUGUUCUUUCCUUGCCUAGGCUUGGUGUAAAUAAGACACAAUCAGUUCAAAUGAAAGAGAACCUUCCUGAGCUCAGCGAAGUUAAAACUGAAGGCACCGAGUCCAAACGAAAACAGCCAAAGAAGGUGCCACCUCUGUUGCUUCCUAAAAAAGCCAAACCAGGUCAAGCCAGCAUUGCCACCAGUUCAGCCAGUAGAAUAAUGGAGACCAAUGUUUGCCUUUCUUCUGCCGACACAGUAUCUCUGCCUGGCUCACGCAAAUGCAGGGCACCUCUCAAUCUGAUGAAAAAAUCCAAAAACCCAGGCAGGAAACAUUUACCCCAAGACAUUGUUGAUAUCAUGAGUGAAGUGAAUAACUUCCAAACAGAUGUCACCCAGAGAGCCUCUGAUCUACCACCUUCUGUAAAAAAUAACCCAAAUUAUUCGUUUUACACCAACCCAGCUUGUUCUGCGCCGCUUACAGAUUUGUUGUCAUCUGCGGCUUGCCUUAAUAGCUUGAACUCUCAGGUCUUACCAAGUAAUAGUCUACCUCAUACCAUGUUCUUCCCAUCCGCUCAGAGUCUCAACAAUGAUGCCUUGGUUGAGGCCUACUUAAAAGCUUUGGGCUCCAUGCCUAAUCUAUUGCAAUCCAGUUUAAAUCCAUUGUCAGAAGAUUCAUCCUUUGUUUUGGACAGAAAUGGAAAAUAGCACUAAAUCUAAUGCAGGAACUUAUUUUAUUAAAAACUGAAGCCAGUUUCAGUUUUUUUUUUAAAGAUGUUUUUCUUUGUCCUUUAUUUUGUCAUGUGACUAGUAAAAAAAAACAAGUUUUUAAAUAGUUCUAAAAAAAUGUUACUUUUGUGUGUUUUUUGUGCAAAUAAAUGCAUAACUUUGACCUUGAAAA